AUGGCCUAUCCGAACGCUUAUGCUUGGGUCCCUCCAGCCAAUAUGCCUCCCUGCAUUUUCAUCCUGGAGCAGGCACUAUCAGCUCGUGCACUUCAGGAGAUGCUUUCUAGUCGCAACGAGCUUUCCGAUAGCCAUACCUCUGGCCAUCGCACCCUUCUCUACGGACACGCUAUUAGGCUGAAACAUCGCAACAGCAGUAUGUAUCUGGCUUGUCUAGGCACCAGUUCGACGGAGGACAAAUUGGCGUUUGAUGUGGGCCUCGAGCGCAAAGCUAAUACUGAAGCCUGUUGGUGGACCAUCCAUCCGGCUUCAAAACAGCGGUCAGUCGGUGAAAAAGUCCGCAUCGGUGAUGAUUUGAUCCUCGUCAGUGUCUCCUCUGAGCGGCGCUGCAUGCAGGUCGCCUUCGGCGGGGCCAUUUUUUUCCCCUCCGCCCUAUCGAUCACCUUAUGCAUACUUGCGUGCAUGCGUGCACGCGCGAACGGCGAGGCGGCCAAUCGAUGGCCCUGUGCUGACGCCCGAGAGCGCGUCAAUUGGUGCAUCCAGGCGGGUGUCUUUUGGGGACCGUCGCUACGUGAUUGUGCGUGUCACGUUUAUGGCGAUUCUUUCUCAUCGUCCGGAGUGAUUGCCAGUUUUCAACAGACACUGUGGACCGUGAUUCCCGUGUCUAGUGGCGCUGUUCGACAGAAAUCACUACACAUGGCUUUCGGUGGCGACGUGGUUCGCCUCUUUCACGGUGAUGAGUGCCUGACAAUCCAGGCUGCUGGAGAUACCGAGGAAGGCCAAAUUAUCUCCAAUGAGGCCGCCUCGUCUUCCGAUUACCAUCAAUCGGUGAUGUACCAACUAGGCUCGGUUUCGGGCCACGCCUCAUCGUUGUGGCAGAUUGAACACACAAAAAUCAAGUGGUGUGCCGGCUUCUUCUCGUGGGAAGACGCGGUACGUUUGCGCCACGUCACUACCGGCCGCUAUUUGGGUAUCACGCGCUCGGGCGCGGGUGGGAAUCCCUCCGCGCCUGGCCAAAUCGAUGUGGUGUUGCUUUCGCCCUCCGAAUCAGAUGAUGCUGCCACGGUUUUCUACAUCAAACAGACAAAGGAUGACAAGAAGAAGGUGGAAAUCGACCGCGAGCACGAGGGCAUGGGCGAGCCAGACGUAUGUUUGGGCGAGACCCUGAUCUACCUUCAGCACGCUGCACUGGGCUGGUGGUUAUCCUACGAGUCCUACGAGACGAAGAAACGUGGUGUGGGCAAGGUGGAGGAGAAAAAAGCUGUCCUGCUGGCCGAGGGUCACAUGGAUGAUGUCUUCAGUUUAGUACGGGCGCAAGAGGAGGAGUCCCUCUCUGCUGCUGCUAUCCGUCGCUCAACUGCUGUCUUCUCCGCCUUUAAUCGCAGCCUCGAUGCUCUCGCCAGUUCAGAUGGGCUUGGUGGCGGUGGUGGAGGUGCAGCGGGUGCGGCAUCAUCUCCUGCAACAGGGCCGGGGGACGUGCCCUUGAAUUUGGACGAGGUGAAUCAGUGUCUGGAAGAUCUAAUUGAGUUUUUCGCUCAGCCUGAGACUCAUGAGGAGCAUGAGGCCAGACAGUCCAAACUGGCAGCCCUGGCAAAUAGACAGGACCUCUUUCAGGAGGAGGGCAUGAUUAGCCUGGUGUUAGAGACCAUCGAUAAGUUCACCGGCACCUUUCGGAGUCGUCGAGAUUUCGCCCUUGCCGUCGGCGAGGAGCGCGGCAGUCGAUUCAGUGACCUUGGCAACUACCUCUAUCUUCUGUUGGCCGCGUUGAUCCGUGGAAACCGCGAGAACUGCGCCCAAUUUGCUGCACCCGCACGACUUGACUGGCUCUUUAAUCGUCUUGAGUUGCAGCAGAGCUUCGCAGAGGGCGUCCUUGAUGCACUGCAUUGUGUGUUGACAGACUCGGACGAGGCGUUGAAUGUCAUCACGGCUCAGCAUAUCCAUACACUAAUCGGACUGCUGGAUAAGCAGGGUCGUGACCCUCGGGUUCUCGAGGUGCUCUACUCCAUCUGCAUAGGCCGGCAGGGUGGAGCUGUGCGUCUAAAUCAGGACCUCAUCUACGAGAGUCUUCUGCCCGAGCGCGACCUCCUCCUACAAACCAAACUGGUGGCUCAAUCCGGCUCCAUGCGACCCAACAUCUUUGUUGGAAUUAAACCGGGUGGAUCGAUGUACACCAAAUGGUACUUCGAGGUGUUCAUCGAUGCUCUCGAGAAUGUCACCCACCAACCCCCCGGCAUUCGCAUCGGUUGGGGCAACACGGACGGCUACACACCACAUCCCGUCGGUGGACCUGGUUGGGGAGGCAUCUCCCUCGGUGACGAUUUCUACUCUUUCGCAUUCGAUGGGCAGAACCUCUGGACGGGUGGAAAGGCGAAACAGGCACUUUUCCCACCCGGAACGGGAGGCAAAGGUCUAAAUCGGCGCACUGGUGCCUCUCCCCCUGCCGUUUCGACCACAUCCUCCAAUGGAAGCGCAAAUUUGAAACGGGGCGAUGUUAUUGGUUGCCUCCUCGAUCUCACCGGACCGGUUAUUCAAUUCAAUCUGAAUGGGAAUUUGGUGAAGGGCUACUUCCAGGACUUCAAUACGACGGGUCUCUUCUUCCCCUGCGUCAGUAUGACAGCUCGGGCCAGCGCCCGAUUCGUUUUGGGUGGUACUCAUGGGAAGUUGAAACAUGGACCUCCAGCCGGGUAUGCGCCGAUUAUAGAUGCGUUGCAGCCCUCACAAAGGUUGCGACUUGAACCCGUCUUCUCCUUCGGUCGGUUGGAUAAGUCGAUAUUCUCGGGACCGUUGGCAUCUCCACUGCCCUCACAAGAUGUCUUCGUGCCAGUGCCUAUCAGCACUGAUAAGAUACACCUUCCCAACGUUGUGGAACGCAUCCGAGACAAGCUGGCGGAAAAUUUGCACGAAUUAUGGUCGAUGCGGAAGAUCGAGCAGGGCUGGGCGUUCGGUGAGCGCCGCGAUGAGGGGAGACGUCGGCAUCCCUGCCUGUGCGCAUUCGAUAAGUUGCAGCAGCAAGAGCGGCAGUACAAUGUGACAAUGGCGCUGGAAAAUUUGAAGACCAUCUUUGCUCUGCGCUACAACAUCGGCUAUGAGAGUCUGCCCGAGGGCACUCGCAUGAGGACGAUCAAGCUAGGCGCUUCGUAUACCCAAUCAAAUGGCUACAAACCACAGCCCUUGGAUCUCUCGGCCAUUCGUCUCUCGUCCCGUUUGGAGACCCUCGUCGAUGAGUUGGCGGAGAACACGCACAAUAUUUGGGCGAAGGAUCGCAUUCAUCAGGGGUGGACUUAUGGAUCUACUGAGGACAAUACUCAAAAACGCAGUCCUCACUUGGUCCCCUACUCGGAGGUGAAUGCAAACAUCAAGAAGAUGAACAGGGAAUCCGCUACCGAUGCUGUCAAGACCUUGCUAGCCUACGGCUACGUUAUUGAACCCGUCUCCGGCGAGUCCGAACAAACUCGAGAGAAUCCACUGGACGUGUUGGAAGAGGCGACCAUGAAUUAUCGCGCGGCCUCCUCUAAAGCUGUCACUAGAGGCAAAUGGUACUACGAGGUGGAACUCCUCACCUAUGGCAUGGUGCGUGUCGGUUGGGCUACCAAAAAUGCUCCUGCCGCCACCACAACUGGCAUGAGUGGCUCCUCCUAUUCAUUCGCUCCUGAACAGCUCAAACUGAUAGGCGGUUUCCUUCUUAUAAAUCGGAGUGCACUAAACACUCCUUUGGAUAAGGUUGAAGAUUGGUUUAUUUCUCGACUUUUGAUGCUUCUCUGGUCGUUGCUUCAGGCUCGCAAGUACCAUCGCGAUGGCCGACCUUAUGGGAAGCGCUGUGAACCCGGUGAUGUCAUCGGGUGUAUGCUGAACCUCAACGAGCGGUCGAUAACGUUCUCACUGAAUGGUGAGAUUAUGAUGGAUCCGAUGGGUCAGGAGAUUGCAUUCAAGGAUAUAAAAGUCAAUCACGGAUUCGUGCCAGCUUUCACACUGGGGUCAGGACAACAGGUUCGCAUAAACUUUGGCAACGUUGUUCAAACCCUCAAAUACUUUACCAUCUGUGGUCUGCAGGAAGGCUACAGCCCAUUCGCUGUAAAUAUGAGCCAUCCAGUCCCAAUGUGGUACAGCAAGGUGGAUGCUUCCUUGUUCAGAGAUCUCAAGCCGAAUCAUAGCCGGCUGGAAACCAAGGUUUCCGGCGCAUAUCCCCCCGUGAUAAAUAUCUUGGCUAAAUCGCCAAGUCCAACUGGGCUGCACCAGAUGGAGUACUUGCGACUGAGCUUGGGCAUCCAAUGCAAGUCGCAUUUCACCACACGGUCACUGGCAGAUCGAAGAGCGAAUUUGGAUCAUCUACGCAAGCAACUUGAACCGGAGGACUAUCAUCAUCACGGGAUUGGCAUGGGAGGACCGGCCAAUAUCGAUCUCAUGACGCAGGAAAUUGGAGCUGCGGGGUUGGAAGUUCGUGACAGACGCGGCAAGAGAGCUCGUCUGGCGAACGUUUUCAGGAAAACGCGUCCACGAGACGUCUCUCCCGAUGUCACAAGCGGGUAUUCGGCAGGUGCAGGCGGUGUGAGUCUAGUAAGUGGCAGUGCUAGCACUUCAGGCAUAGUUGGAGGUAAGAAAGGGGACCCUGCAACCGCCAGUCAAACCUCUACAGGGGCCCAUGAAGGAUCUCCUGGACCUGCGGGAGAGGAAUUUGAACUUCUUCUCCCUGAGCAAUCCGCUUUGGACAACGCAAUCGCUGAUUUUAUGGACGAGUUUGCCUACACUGUCCUAAUUCCCCCAGGCCAGAAUCCCUGUCUAGUAAAUGUCGGAUGGGUGGGCAGUUGUUUCAAAAUCUCCAAACCCGCUUCCAUAAGUGGUGGUAAUCCCUUCCCCGUGGAUCCCGAUUUCAACGUCACUCAACUCGCUACCACCCCCGCCCCGAUUGCUAAGUCGACGGUGGAAGGGGACGCGACAAGUGUUGCGAGCGAAUCAAGUGCUUCGGAGAAAACGUCGACUUUGGGGAGUACAACAGAGACGGAUAAAUUCUUGAACUUUGCGGAGGUGCGACAAGUCGCUGUGUGUUUGCUACAUGACGACCUAACGCUAAAGUCGGCAGUCGCAGAGCGCUCCUCCUUCCUCGUAAACGUGGGCGACUUGAUUCAGAAGAUUUCCACACCUGAAGACAUCGGGAAGCGGGUGAGUCAGGGCUUGGCAGUGACCUGCUGGGUGGAUACCGCCUCCGGCACUCUUGGUUUUCGGCUCAACGAUCGCGACACACUCAUUAGAUUCCAGGUUGAGCCUUCGACCCACCUCUUUGCCGCCGUCUUCGUUCGUCCAACGGCUCGUGACUGUGUCCAAUUUGAAUUGGGCCGUCGGUCGCGUUACCACCUGCCACUAACUGCAGGCAUGCUGCGUCCACCACGGCGCGCCAACAUGCCGAUGCCACAUCGACUUAAUGUCCAGGCGAUUGAGCGUGUCCACUGGGCGCCAGUACCGGUUGAACAAUCGAAAAUUCAGAGCAUGAAGAUGAGCGACCAACGGGGCUGGAGCAUGCUGUUAGAGAAUAGUGCACCUCGCCUCGUCAUUCAACUACCCGAGGCGAAUCGCUGCUUCUCCAUUCUUGAGUUGGAGGAAAUGCCAGACCUGCUAAAAUUCCAUGCAAAAACCCUGGCUCUCUACUGCGCUCUCUGUUGUCACGGGAACCACAAUGUCGCCCAAAAGCUGACAAGCCAUGUCGAUCAGUACCAAUUCCUCUAUGUGAUUCAGUCUAAAUACGUUCAUGGUUCACUGCGUUCGGAGUUUGUUAAACUCCUACUGUCUAUGCAUUUGGAGAGUCCAAUGAAACUGAAACAGGUCACUGGAAGGGAGUUCAUUGUCCCCUUGGAGAAGGAUGACCUUGAGGUCACAAAGUCACCCGCGCACGUUCUCAAGAUCGUCUACGACUGGGACCCAGACCACAUCCCCGCUGUGAAGGAGCAUCGCAGUAUUCGACCGAAGCUCAUUACUGAUCCAUACCUUCUAAUUCCCGGAGCUGACGGAACAGGCGUGGGCAAUUUCACCAUACCGACGGGAGGAGGAGAAGCUCAACCGGAGACCGUAUUGAACGCUGCCAUGGCCGCAGCAGGUCCUGGCGGACUUAUCAAGCUCUCUGAUUGUCCGCCCUUCCCAUUGGAUCUUCUCAAACGCCAGACAUUAGAUGCAUUGAUUGAUAUGGCCAACACAGGUGGACAUGUUCGGGAUCCAUUUGGAGGCAACUUUGAACACGCGUUGUUACCACUUCUUUUGAUCCUCAAUCAUCUACUGGUAAUGGGUUCACUGGACGCGGCGGAUUUGGCAACUGUUCUUGGACUCCUCAGUCCAAAGCUCUUCCCAAAUACACCCAGUUGGAGAGUGACACCCAUCACCGGUAGUCUGCUGGAAUUGCCUCUGCCUGAAUCGGUUAAAAUGGAGGUGUGCCAUCUGUUCCAUCACCUCUGUGACCUCCAACUACGUCAUCGCAUUGAAUCCAUCGUCAACUUUGCCAACACAGCAGUCAGCGAAAUUCAAAAUGACCAGUUGCAGCGCUACCUGGCCAUCAAAGUGGCGAAUCUGCCAUCGGCAGUGGCAGCACCACGGACACGCGAGUUCCGCUGUCCGCCGAACGUGCAAAUUCGCAAUCUUCUACACAUGCCUGGACCGGGUGGUCCUUCGGGGCUGCUUGAGGAAGCCAGCUGCGCCUCUGCCUCCUCGGACAAUGAGGCAAUCACAGUUUUGGAUUUGAGCGAUAGUAGUGAUGAUUUGACCCUCGAUGGGUACUCCAGGAAUCCCUGUGCUGAAGAGAUCAAGGAGCUCAUGCGCCUAUUCCACCAUCGACUAAUGAACCAUCUUGGCGUAGUCAAACCCGGAAUUGAAGACACCUGGGACUACGAGGGAGCCAUCAAAUUUCUUCAGGAAGCUGCUGCAGCAGGUCUCCAACAGCUCACACCGACAUCCAAUACAGUAAACGUUACCACCCCCAACGCCACUGCCACUAGCCUCACCACCUCAGCAUCGACGGACAGCGCUCGACAUACCACGACCUCGACCACCAAUACCAGCCUAGCCUCCUCUAGCUCGGAACAGCUACAAUCCGAGCUGACGGAACUCUUGAAUAUUCCAACUCUCCUUCUUCCUGAAGGUGUCGGUGAUCCAGAAUCUGGGGCCUCAGGUCCGCCUUCGGCUGUGAAGGCUAUCUGGAAACUGGUUUCUGGUUCCAGUGACACCAGUACUGCUAAUGUUGAUGGUGGAAGUGGAGCUUCUAGACAGUUGGCCCUUGGUGGGCCCGAGGAAUCGAAACAGCAUGGAAGAAAAUUGCAUCAAUUAAUUUUGGAGACGGUGAGCGACUGGGCUAGUAGCUCAAUCAUUGAGGAUGUAGAGCUGAUUCGGCAGAUGUUUUACCUCCUCUAUCGUCAGUAUGGGGCUCUUGAUGAGGCAAGUGGAUCAUCUAAAAACACCAUCACUAAAGAAAAUCUUCGACUGGGACUGACGCGGACCUACGCGAUCGGAAAUCGGUCGAAGGAAGAUGUUUCACGCUUGUUGCGUUCUCUUGGACGAAUCCGUUGCCUUCUUGGUGUCCAAGUGGGUGCAAAUGAGGAGAUACUGUUGAAGAAUUGCCUUUGGGACAUAAUGAACAACAACGUCUUCUUUCAACAUCCUGAUCUAAUUCGGGUGCUGGCAGUGCACGAGACGGUGAUGCAGUUGAUGGUGCAUACUCUCUCCAAGGCCUCCCUUGACUCACCCUCGGUCGCUGCUACCGCUGCUGCUGCUGCCGCUUCUACGGCCUCGGAGCUGCAGCACCAGGGUUCACUGUCGCCGCAAUUGAAUGCCGCAGAUGCAAUCUCGCUGCGUCGUCGGCAAGGUUCCGGGGGAGGCGCCGAACUGCCCGUAUUGGUAGAGGAGGGCGAGGAAGCAACACUAAGUGGUUCCAAUCUUGGCCGAAAUGUCCCUGUCGGUCCCACCGAGAUGGUGGUUCAGUGCUGCCGCUUCCUAUGUUACUUCUGCCGCACCUCAUGGCAAAACCAAAAGGCUAUGUUUGAUCAUCUCAGCUACAUGUUGGAGAAUUCUUCAAUGCUACUUGCUCGUCCCAGUCUGCGAGGCAUCUGUCCCCUAGAUGUAGCUUAUUCCUCUCUGAUGGAUAACAAUGAGUUGGCAUUGGCGCUUCGUGAGAAACAGUUGGAGAAGGUGGCAGUUUAUCUGUCGCGUUGUGGUGUGCAGUCAAACGCAGAGCUAUUAACCAAGGGAUACCCGGAUAUUGGAUGGGAUCCCGUGGAGGGGGAACGUUUCCUGGACUUUUUGAGGUUCACUGUGUGGGUUAACGGUGAAAGUGUGGAAGAGAAUGCAAAUCUCGUAGUCCGUCUCCUCAUCCGCCGCCCCGAGUGCCUUGGCCCAGCUCUUCGUGGCGGUACCAAGUCGGUAUCGAGUCGCCGACAACGCCUCAACUCGCAAUCUAUCGGUCAGUCUGUAGUCGUCGGCAGUGGUGGUGGUGGUAGCGAGGGCAUGGAUCAGCUCGCUCCACCUGGUAGCCCUGACGCCGCUGGUGGUGGUGGCGCAGGGGGCGGUCCAGGAGGCGGUGUCAACAGCGCCGGUAGCACUACCGGUGGCGUUGAUGAUGCGCACUCCACUACAGCAUCAAACGCAAAUGCUGCUUCAUCGUCAACCGGUGGUGGUCUCCUAAAAGGAAUUAAGGAGGGCAUAGUGAUGUCUGCCCAGAUCAAGUUGGUCAAAAUGGCUAUGGACGCCGAGGCCCAGGGUUUAAAUCCCGAGGAUGAAGACAUGGGAUGGCGAACGGUGUUAAUGGACUACGAAGACUGCAAUCUCUUCGCCCCAUUGCCCUACAACUUCAGUAGCCUUCCGCCGGAGGAAGAUGAAGACUAUGUUGAUUUGGGCGCCGCAAUACUCACCUUCUACGCAGUUUUGGUGGAUCUUUUGGGUCGUUGUGCUCCCGAACUGGACGCGUCCAAAAGUGAGUCGGUGAGAGGUCGAGCAAUUUUGCAAUCCCUUGUCUCGAUGCAAGAUUUGGAGGGAGUGCUCUCGUUGCGAUUCAUCCUUCCCCCACCGAAAUUGGAAAUGCAGAUGAAUGCCGAAGGCCUUGAGCAGUGGGUAGACAGAUCACCAAUGCCUCCUGGUCUCCUACCUGAGCAUAAAGCGGCCGUUGUGCUCUUUAUGGAACGCGUUUAUGGCCUCACUGAUUCGGACACCUUCGUCCGUCUCCUCGAAAAUGCUUUCCUUCCUGAUAUGCGUGCAGUCACGCUACUUGAUUCUGCACAACGCGGUGUCACCGCGAGUGACAUGACUCUGGCAUUGAAUCGAUACAUCUGCGGUUCUGUCCUGCCCCUGCUCACUCGCUACGCCCACUUCCUUGCUGUGAACGAAGUUACCGCAGGUCUACUUGAAUCCACGCUCCACACUGCCUACCGCCUAGCCACCUGUCGUUCGAUAACCAACAACCAACGAGACGUAGUUAGCGACUUUCUCGUUGCGUUAGUCGAGCACAUUCAACCUUUUUCAAUGACCAGUCUCAUUCGCAAGAUCGCCAAGAAUAUGCGCAUUGUCGGACGAGAGUCGGUGGUAUCCCUGCGUGUGUUGACUACCUUCUAUCAGCGAUUUGGAGCCUACUACAGCUCCGAGGGUUGGACUGCUGAGUACUCUAGUGGUGGAGGUGACACCAAAGUUGGUGUUGGUGUCGGCAGUGGUGGAGGAAGCAGCGGAGGGGCAUCAAAACCGAGUAGAACGCAAAGGGUCUCGGUAGCAGGCAGCGGUGCCAUGCGGGAUCUAAGCGAUACCUCGUUUGUUCGAUCGACGGCUGUUGGAACGACCGCAACAGCGACAGAAGAGGAGAAAAACCUAACUGCAGAGCUCUUUAGUCUCAUUUUUAACAACCUCUCAUGUCGUCGAUAUGAUGCGGAGUUGUAUGUCUACGCGUUGCCAUGUCUGACAGCAAUCGGUUGUGCACUGCCUCCCGAUUACUGCUCUUCGCAUUGGGAUGCGCAAUCGAGGAUCGGAGAAGAUGACACCAUGGGACUCGAUGUUUCUGUUCAUCCCGGUGGACCAGACAGCGCAGCAGACUUGCGAGGAUCCAACCAACAGCACGAAAGCUUCAGACCCACUCCUCUUGUAACCUCAUCAAUCAAACUACCAGCGGCACUGAGCAUUCUGGUUGACCAAUUCGCCAAGCACUGCCACGACACUUGGGCGCAGGAGUUGGUGGAUCAGGGCUAUAUCUACGGAUUGACACUGGACGAGGCGAGACGUACCCACCCCAAUAUACGGUCUUAUCACUCGCUAUCCCAACGGGAUCAAAUGCGCUACAUUCAGCCGGUGACAGAGACUCUGCGUGCAAUGCUCGCUCUUGGCUGGACCAUCGAUCCUUCAGGAGUAUGCCAUGAGGACGAUGGAACUGGAUUGGGUCAUCGUCGAAGACAGUUUAUCCACAGUCAAACUGAAAGUCCACAGGGAUACAUUCCGGCUCCGAAAGACCUUCACGGGGUUAACGUGACUCGAGAAUUAAUCGACUUGGCCGAGCGACUGGCCGAUAAUGCUCAUCAGAUCUGGGCAAAGCAGAAGAUGGAAGAACUCGAGGAAAUUGGUGGCGGUGUUCAUCAACUUUUGGUGCCCUACGAUAUUUUGACUGAUCGUGAGCGCAAACGCUACCGUCGCUUAACCCACGAGUUGAUUCGGUACUUACAGUACUGGGGUUAUCGUCUCUCCUACAAACCAACCAAUCAGCAGGUUGAUACCACAAAAACCGGGCCGGCAGCGACGACAAACGCCACGCCAAAUGCAAUCAAGCAGUUUGCUGGUGAACGAGGUGAAGGUGAGUGUGGUCGCGUAGUUGUAGCUGGUUGGGGAAUUGUUGGCCAAUGGGGAAUCGUGUUCAAGACGCGGCGGGACACCGACGUGUGGCAGGCUGUCACCUUAAGAAGGGUCUUCUAG